GCGGCAGCGCCACUGCCCCUCCCCCCACCCGCCUUCCCGCUGCUGAAUCCACCGCCGAGCAACGGAUCGCAGCGGCGAUCGAUUCCGCCGGCUGCCCGCUCUUCCUGCCCGCACCGCACCGCGCCGCCCCGGCCCGCAGGCAGCGCGGUGAGGGGCCAUGGAGAGCGUAUUUACGCCGCUGGACUGCCUCCUGCCCGCGGGUACAAGUGUCCCGCUGGCUCUAAAGUAUAACAAUCCGAAGUUAGAGACACAGUUUGGAAACCUGAAGUUUUGCCUUCUUAUUCUGAACCAGCCUUUCAACAAAGGUCAUUUUCAUUGUCUGUGGAGCAAAGCUACUCUGAGAGCUUGUGCUGAUGGAGGUGCUAAUCGUCUCUACCACAUCACAGAAGGAAGCCAGCACAGCUUCUUGCCUGAUUACAUCAGUGGUGAUUUCGAUUCUAUUAGGCCUGAAGUCGAGGAGUACUACAAGCUCAAGGGAUGUGAGUUCAUAGAGAACAAGGAUCAGGACUUCACAGACUUCACCAAGUGCCUUCAGAUACUUCAAAAAAAGAUAGAAAAGAAUGGUCUCCAGAUUGACGCAAUUGUGGCUUUGGGUGGACUUGGAGGACGCUUUGACCAAAUAAUGGCAUCAGUGGAAACUCUUUUUCACGCGACAAGUAUCACUCCUUUUCCAGUGAUAGUUAUUCAGGAGUGCUCCCUGAUUUACCUGCUUCAACCUGGCAAGCACAAGCUGCACGUGGACACGGGCCUGGAGGGCGAGUGGUGUGGCCUCAUCCCCAUCGGGAAUGCCUGCGACUGCGUGACCACCACGGGCCUCAAGUGGAACCUCAAAGAAGUUGUAGUUCUGUACAAUGGAGGAAGAAGGACUAGAAAACUUUGGCUGCUUUCUCGGUUGUGAUGUAUUGGAUUCGUGAGCUAACCACGUGCUGAAGUUUGGAACGCUCGUCAGUACUUCAAAUACCUAUGACAACUCUGGGAUUGUAACCAUUGAGACAGACAAGCCUUUGCUGUGGACAAUGGCUAUAAAAGAAUAAGAUGAGCUACAGCUGCCUUUUUUAUCUGACUGAACUCAAAUUACUGCAAAAUUGCACUGGCAGAAGACAGCAGGACUGUUCCUAAGGAAAUAAUCGUGCACUGAUUUUAUGUAGUGAAUGGAAAACAAAUCUGAAAUAAGUCAGUUGAGAUCAAAUCAAGAUUAGUAGCAAUGACUGGAUACAUCAUUCUGGUACCUCAUACUAUCCACUCAGAAGACAUGUGCUGUCACCCAGUAUGAUGACAAACAGGUGAGAAUGGAUGUGAGAAAACCUACUACUGCUAGUUUGGUCAGUACAGACUAUUUUAACAAAGCAUUUUGUUCCAGCACUAAACUAUUUUUUGUCCUUUUGCCAAGGAAGCACAGUGCACAGUUGUACAGUACUUCUUUAUAAAAACAUGAUAACGUAAGAGCAGUUAAUCUAAUUUUCCUGUCCUGCUUCAUAACAUACUUAGGUGUUGCUGAAGAUUUCCCAGAAGACUAAUAAUUUAACUUUUCUACUUGUAAAGCAAGCUCGUGUACUGAAGAAGCUUCAGUUUUGCUGUAAUACCAGUAUCAGUAUCUCCCAGUAUCAAGUACUGGGAAAGCCUGUAAUAAAAGUAGCAUUGUAACAUCUAAUUAUUACUAAAAUUACUAAAAAUUUACAUUAAGCUUUUUGGAGUGAAAUAUGAGUUUGUUAACCUCAACCUGGGGAGGAAAAGCAUUGCUAGCAUAUACCAGUUUCUGUACUCCUCCUUUCUAAAUAAUUUAAUAUCUAGAAGUGCAAUUGUCUUACAACGCCAGUAUCCAAAAUUGAUCAGUAAGGGUGUAUGCCCUAUCCAACAUUCUGAAGUUUACUGCUUUUCUGAAAGACUGCUUAAUAUGUUUGAAAAAUUAAGUUAACCUUAAACUGUAAGUUUUAAUAACAAAGUAAGGGUUUUUUUUUUCCUUAAUUCAAAAUAAGAAUCAGAGGUGCCAGUUCCUGUUUUGAUGGGAAGUCCCCCCUCCCCCCCUCCAGUCAAGCACCAUAAUACACUGCAACAGAACUUCCAAAUGCAGAAACAAAUCUGGGGUAAUGCUGGUGAUUCUAUAAAUUAAUAGUAAGAAUUCCAGUUGAUGAUAAUCUUUUAACUCACCACUUGGACAGUUUAAAAUAAUGCUGUUUUCUUGCCUCCUACCUUUGCUGGAACAAUGCUGUUCACUAAGAGGAAAAUUAAGCAUUGAACUAGGUUGCCAAGAGAACCUGUGCAGUCUCCAUCCCUGGAGUUUUUCAAGACCUGACUGGACAAAGCCCUAGACAACCUGGUCUGAAUGCAGUGUUGACCCAGGUUUGAGCACAAGGUUGGACUAGAGACUUCUCAGUUCCUUUCAACCCGAAUGAUUCCAUUGUGAUUGAAAAAAAAGUAGCAAGGAACACUCUAUUGCUAAAAAAAAAGUUGUAAUGUAGAUAGAUAUAAGCAUGUACACUUCAAAAGACAGAAAAUGUCAAGAAUGUUUGAAAUCCCAAACUGAGCUUGUUUAAUAGUAAACAAGUUACAAAGUUGUGAAGUCUUUGGAGCAAGCAUCCCAGAGUUCCUGAGGAUUGUUCAGCCGCCACUGUUGAGAGAACAGAGUAACCAGUUUCAACUAAUGAAGUGGUUUUUAAUCCCAUUUUAAGCCUAGUUUAGCCUCUCAACAGUGCCUUGUUAGGAUAAGCACUACUACAAUUAUGGCUUGUCUCCUUUGUCAGGCACCUCUCCUUGCUUAGAGGGUAACUAUCUUACAAGCAUAGGUCAGCCAAGUUUCAUCAUCACAGCACAGUAUUUUGCCUGAUCCAGUAUUAGAAAAGCAGCUACUGUACAUGAGAAUCCAUUCUUCUCUGGAGAAGUAAGUUUUCAUCGAGACUGUUAAAAUGACAGUACCACGGCUGCCAAUCGACUUGACGUUAAAGUCUGUCAUGCUGCAACGUUCAUUCCAAAAGGUAUUUUACGAAAUGCAGUUACAUGUAAAACAAAAGUUUCAGUUAUAUCUAUUUUAAUAAAUGAAACAAUACAAACUU